AAAAAUUAAAAAAAAGCAAAAACAGUAUAAUAUAAAAACAAGAAAGUCUAGCUAAUAGGAAAGACAUCCAUUAAAAAUUAUUAGUAUUAUAAAUUCAAAAGUAUGAUUAGAGGUAGACUUAUAGAGAGAAACAUUAUUGGUAUUAUAAAUACUGAAAAAUCCUAAUAUAUUUUUUAUAUGAUGCUUAUUGAAAACCACUUUUACAUUGCGUAUUUGCUUUGGAGGGCAAUAACUGGCUUUGAUAGUACCAUAUUGAUAUAGAUAUGCUUCUUUGCCACUGAAAAGCUCAUAAAAUUGAUUUUAAAUUAUCAGUUUUAUAAUAACAAUAAAGUAAUUAAAUUAUUUUAGAUAAUUGCAAGCUUUGUUAGUGAUAUUGACAUUUUGAGUACUUCAUUAUCCUUAGAUAGAGAAAAGAAUGAUAUGUUUUAUUAAUUCCUUUAGUAAGACAAUCCUAAGACUUUACUUGUAGAAAGAGAUACUACGAUCUCUAAAAUUGUCACUAUGAAGGUUCUUCAUAUGAUUUUGAAAGGUUACUUUAUAUUUUAUACUUACUUUUACUUGAACAUACCUGCUUAUAUAGCUGGUUUAAUGUGCUCCUAUUAUUUUGUGUUAGUAGGACUAAUUUUUGCUCUAUAUCUCAAAAUAAAGUUUUCUAUCCUAAAUCAAAAAUGGAUAUUUAAUAUUUACACUAUUUUUGAUUAGAUAUUCUAAUGUAGUUCUAGGCUCUUUUCUAACUUUAUUGUUAAUUAAAAUAUUUUUUCAUCAAUAAUUUAUUAUGCAAUGUUUGCUCUUAUAAAUACUGUUAUAUAGCUCAAUAAGUUGAAUGUAAGAAUCACAAAUCAUUAGUAUAAAAAAUAAUUUUCUAUUUAUCCUAAAAAGAAAUCUAUUUCAAAAAAACAUCGCUCUCUUAUUUUAAGGAUUUUUAUAAAAACUUUUUAUGAUGCCUUUAUUUCUAUGAGUUCAAAUUCGAUUUUUUAUCAGGCUCUUGAAAACAGAGAACUAAUAAAAUAAUAUUACGGUGUUAUGUAGACUUUUGCUUAGUUAUUUAAGAUUGCUAUAAAUUCCUUUGUACUGUAAUAGUCAUAUUCAAAUUAUUAAAAUGAAUAAAAAUCAGCUCUCUUUUUAUUCAUUUUUGUCUAUCUUUCGGCAUUCUUAGCAUAUAAUUUCAUUCUAUUUUGUAUAAAUACUUGGCUCUUUAUGAAAAACAAAUCUAAAUUGAAUGUAUUUAUGCAAUUAGUAAGCUAAAAUACUAAAUUAAAAGUUACUGAUCCUCAAAUUUACUAAAAAGUUAAAUUGGAAUUCAACAGAGAAAUAGAUUAAGCUUCUGAUAAAAUUAUAAUAGAUGAAAAUCUAAUUCCCUACAAUAAAUUCUUUAUAAAUAACAAAGAGUUUCUUUCUAAAGUUCCAGAUGUAAAAUACUAAAACUUCUACUUAAAGCAAGAAAGCAAGUUUAAAAUAAUUAUCUAAGAUCAGCAUAUACAAUUUACAAUGAAAAAAUAUGUCCCAAAAGCAAUAGAAAUCUUUCUUUCUUACAAUAAUUAUGCAUCAGUUGACAUUAAAGAAAAUAUCUAUGAUCUACAUGAAAGAAGGAGAGCAAUAGUUAGCAUUUUCAAAAAUCUUGUUUUCAUGAAUCCUUCAAUUAUUGUCUCAGAUAUAAAGAUUCUUCUUGGCAGACUCAAUAAUUAAGAAAUGGAGUCUUCAAUAAUAUAGCAUAUAUUAUAAUCAACUCCUACAAAGCUUUCAAUUAUGGCCUUCUUUAAACAUCAGGAGCACUACUUAGUUAUUAAUCCUAAACUGGUCAUCUAUGAUUUAUUUGAUUUCGAUUGAUAAAAAUAUUUAACCAAUUAAUAAACUACAUAUUCUUUCAAUUUCUUUAAAUUUUAAUUAAUUUUGUCCUAGAGGCAUAAAAGAUUUUGACUUUGGUGUUUUUAUGUUCUGUAAAUUUGUAAAUUAAAAAGGAUUUAAUUAUCUAUGAAAUUAAUUAUUUGGGAAUUUUUUAACUAGAGUAUAUGUAUUAUUCAUAUAUUUGUAAUCAUUAAUAAUCAAAUAUUCAUAGAUUUUAAUA